AGAGAGAUAACAAUAGAGGGGGAGAGAAUGAGAAAUAGAUAUGAAAUCAGAUCAAGAUAGCCAGACUCCAACAGAGAGAGAGACACUCUCAGACACAGAACAACCCCUGGCAGCAAACCAAAACAGACUGAGAGUGGAUUCAGAAAAGGACAGGGCCUGUUGGUUUAAAAAAUAACAAAGGGAGUUGGAGGGAUGAAGAGGUGAAGAAAAUAGUUGUGAUAGAGAGACUUAUAGGGAUGUGUCGGAGAGAGAGAGAACAGUGAGUGAAUGGUUGUAAGGGAGGGAGAGAGGCAGGUAGGAAGGGACUGAUGGAUGACGCAGUCUGGAUGUGGCGGGGGUGGCGGGGGUGUAGCUAUAUUUAGUUAAGGAUGGGAGACAGGAUCUAGCAGUGAUUCUCUGCCGCCUACGUCACCUACACUACGCUGACGAGCCGCCCGCUCUCACCACGUGACCGCUGCUGCUGUGAUGCUUGGUUGUUGCAGUGAUGUCCAGUGAUCGGCAUACUAAACAUCACAGAGACGGGCAGACACGGGUUACAACACUAGAAUAGAAUAUAAAUGGUUGACUUACUGUCAUAGGGAUUUGCCUCACGAUUGGUAGAUUUUACCAACGGAAUAUCUAACACGACAUUUACCCUAAUACUAAUGUAUAGCCUCCAUUAGACAAAGGCUAGGCCUGAAUCAAAAACGACAUCGGACGACGCUAGCAUGUGUGAUGUUGCCAUAAUGUAGACAGGCUGUCUAAUUGUGUAGUUGUAAAUGAUUUGCAGCUUUGAAUCUGCUAUGUAAUAAAAUAUACAACAUCGUUGCUCGACCAAUUACGUCACCAUACUUUAUGAAUGGUUAAGAGCCCCAAGGCACAGAAAAAGGGGCGGAUACCAUUCCGCAUGUGGGAAGCAAACAGAGGCUUUCGAUUGGACAGAGUUCACCAGCUCUACGCAUGUAUUUCACUGAUUGGCUACUUAGGUAGGAGGGCUGAAUUCACUAUCAUUAAAUAAAGACAUUUACGCAUUGUACAGUGCAGUGCAGUUUACAUUGUUCGGAUACUGGACGGAGAGGUAGCCACGUAGAGGCACAGUAUUGCAGUCUAUGGCUAUCCUUUUCACUGUGUAUCUGUGAACUAUCCUCAAUUAAAGCCUCUUGCAAAAUAUCGUAUUGCGUUAUUCAACGUUUAGGCACUCGCCUGCUGUAGCCUCAGCGAUCUGAAAGACGAAAGGAUUAUUUUCCGUGUCUUUCAGCGUAGCCUAAAAGAAGACAUUAAACUGGGAUCAUCGACUGGUCGUUCAUAAUCAGUUACGAGUCUGGGUUCCGCCCGCUCUGUCAGCCCGUCUGCCGGUAUCCCAGCACCGCGAAUGGACCGUCACCAACCCAGCACUCGGAGCUUCAUUCCCCAAAGUUCUCCGGUUUUCGGGUCGGUCCCUUGCGAGUCCCCGAUGAGGCUAUCUAUCUGCUCGACCACCGGCAGUCGGUUUGAACUGUCCGUGCCGCAAGGAGAGACGCUCGAGGGGUUGAGGAGACGUCUCUCUCAAAGACUUAGAGUACCCAAGGACAGGCUCGUGUUCCUGCACAAGGAAACGCAGAUGAAUGCUGGGAAGCUCGUGGACCAGGGAGUCUCAGACGGGAGCAAGCUGACACUGGUGCUUGCCGUGGAAGCGGGCUUAACGCCCCAGCCUCUCAAGACAGACCACACCAUGAUCCAGGCUCUGGAGAACCUCACAGAAACUCAGGUCAGUGACUUCUUGUCCGGACGUUCCCCUCUGACCCUGGCCCUGGGAAUCGGAGCUCACCUGAUGUACGUGCAGCUCCAGCUGGCCUCGCAGAAUGCCGUCGGGCAACAUCACCAUGGCAACCGCAGCGGGGGCAAGGUGCAUUCUGGGAAGUCUGGGUCCUCCAGGGUCGCCCGGCCAUACCCAUCCCCGACGCACCCCUCGUACGUCUCCCACCCCUGUCUCCCACUGGGAACUCCCAGGUGCCCGGCACCCCCCCCCCCCUUCCACAGGACCCCUGUCAUCCGUCGCCCUCACCCAGGCCCCGCCCUCCACGACUUCUCUCCUCCUCACACACCCCAACCCCGGGCCUCCCCCCACCCCCACACUCCCUCCCCUGCCCCCUCCCCUCUCUCCUCACACGGCCCCCCUCCCUGUCUUCCUUCCUCCCCCGCCGCCCCUCUCUGCCCCCCUCACGUCAUCUGCUCCAGCCCCGCGCCCCCCAGCCCAACACCGGCUGCUCCAUACCCAGAGGAGUCUUGUGCCUCCGCCUCUCCUUUGACUCCCGGCAGGGAACCUGGAGCGGUCAUCGAGAGCUUUGUCAGUCACUCUCCCGGGGUUUUCUCCGGAACCUUCUCAGGCACCCUGCAUCCCGUCAGCCAGAGCGGCAUCUCCCACCCAAGGCGAGGCAUCGCCACCAUCCUCCAGAUCCUCAACGACCUGCUCAGCGCCACACGCCACCACCAGGGGGCUCCAGCCUCCCUCUGCCAGCUCCGCGGCCCCGGCCCGGCCUCCCCCUCCUGCCCCCUGACCUCUGACCCCCCCCCCCACCACCCCCGCCCCCUCCAGAUCUACCUCAGAACCCAGCACCACCAGCAGCAUGGGCCCACACCUCCAGCAGGCCAGACCCCCAGCAAAACACACAGGGCAGUUAGAGCCGGUGAUGGAGGUUGUCCCCAGACGCCGUCGUCCUCCGAGGAGAACCGAGCGCUCCGCUGUAAGUUGGAGAGCCUCCAGCUGCUGAUGUACCAGCGGCGUCUCCGCAGACGGGCCCGACGCGGCGCUCACCCCCUCGCACGCCUCCGCGCACCCAUACUCCCAGCGCCUCCGCCACCCCUGGUCGCCGGGGCAACGCAAAGCGGCCCGGCGCCACAGCAACGGCAGCUUGUCGGGCAGCGAGGGGACGUCCCAGGACGACACGGAAGCUGAUGAGGUCAUGGAGGGGUCUCCGUGGAAACCGGAGCUGACCUCUGACCUGGUGGUGGUGUAAGGAAAACGAAGGAGAGAGAGAGAGAGGUGUGCAGCGAAGCAGAGGGACGUGCGGUAGAGAGAAAUGCGAAAGGAGGAAACGGCAGCGGA